CUGUGGAUUGUAGUCUGUGACAUAACGAGGACAUAAAUUUAAAAAUUAAUUUAGGAUUUAUUCUAUCUAAAUAUACUAUCUAAUAAUAUUCUUAUGUAUUAGCCUUCCUGUGUUCAUUAGUUAGUAAACUAGUGGUCGAUGGUUCAUUACACGGUACAUGAGUAAUAUGUAAAAAUGUAUUAUCCUAAAGCAUUUUAAUUCCCACUAACAGAAUUACCAAAUUAUGUAGAUAUUUCUACAUAUUUAAGCCAAGCGCUGUUUUUCCGCCUUGACCCAUGUGGGCUUUACGGCGCAAUAGGUCACUGAGCAGAAACGCGAGGGGUAUGUUUGGACGGGCGUAGUAGCGUAAUGACGUCAGUGACGCGCAGUAUCGACCCUUUCCAGCCGUCACAACACCCCUGUCCCCCGCAGCUAACAAUACCCACCUGCCUUAGGUUCACUAACUAUACAAUAAUAACUUAGAAAGUUACACGAAAAAUAAUCAUAAAUAAUUAAUAAAAUGGAAAAUUUAAAGCAAUUUAAAAAGAUUCCUAUAUAUGUAGUCGAAGAACAUAACGAUGCCUUACAAUUCGUAUAUUCCGCUAUUGGUGGUAAAAAGUUGCCAUUAGAAGGAAACACAUUAUUGCAUUUAGAUGCUCAUCCAGAUAUGCUUAUAGAUCGUAAAUUAAAAGGAGAGGAAGCACGAGGAGGAAGGAAAGUUUUGCAAUUAUUACAGAUAGAAAAUUGGAUUGUACCAGCGGUUGCCGCGGGGCAUAUAAAUCGCGUUGUAUGGAUCAGACCACCGUGGGCGAACCAAUUUAGCGAUGGAUCACGACUAAUUCAUGUUGGAGACCACCCCGCCACGGGCUUUCUCCGAGUAGAUAGUAAAGAACCCUAUUAUUUAUCCGACGCUCUAUAUUCGUCACAGCUUGUGAACAAAAGAAAGUUUAUGUUAACUGUCGCAGAACUGAGCCGUCGUAUGGAUUCUAAUAUACAUAAUUUAUGUAAUCAGCUUGAUAUCCGCAACCCAUUUGUACUAGAUAUUGAUCUGGAUUUUUUCAGUACGGCUAAUCCUUUCUUGGCUCUUUAUAACAAUAUUGGUCUGUAUGAUUUGUUGGAAGAUUUAUUUCAUUUUGAUUUGCCUGAAAACGACGAUAUAGAAAGUAUUGAAAAGACGGUUACGUUGCGAGAAAUACAAUUACAAGAAUUGGAAGAUUUAUUUAUGUGUAUGGAUGAAUAUGGAAAUUUGGAGAAUUACACAGGAAACAAGGGCUUAUAUUAUGAAAAGGUUUCAGCGUUGGUCCCAAUUGUAGAGGAGGAAGCAAAACGCCUUGGGGAGCGUCCGGACUGGUGGGCCGUGUUCGCUAGUGGGUGUACAAGAGAUCAGGGCGGGUUGCCUCAUCAUAUCAGCUCAGAAGAAUUAAUUAACAGCACAAUUGAAAAGUGUCUCAAACCAUUUUUACAAGGUUUUCCACCCCCUAUUUUGAUUACAAUAGCUAGAUCUACAGAUGACGGAUAUUGUCCUCCACACCAGGUUGAGUUAAUACAAUCACAGGUUCUUCGCGCUCUAAAGGAAAUAUAUGUAACGGACGAACCCAUUUUACAUUAUUUAGAUAAAAACAAGGAAUAAAAAUUAAGGAAAAUUUC